CCCUUCCCCCCCCUCUCCCCUCUCGCUCGUGACUCUCUCCCCCUCCCAUCGGUCGCCGCCUGUGCCCUCGGCAUCUUCUGCGACGCCCUCCGAGGCCUGCCGCACCUCGCGGCCGCUCGCCAGGCGCUGCUCGUUCUCGGGCGGCGCUCCGAGGCCGCACUCUCUGAGGCUGCAGUCCUGCCCCCUGCGCAGUGCCCUGCCCCUCCUUCUUCCGAAGGUGAACACGCUUUCAGAAAACAAACACGAGGAGCAUUUUUUCAAGACGUUCGUUGUCUGAAUCUGGCAACCUGGGGAGCCGUCGGGACGCCAUGACGCCAAAGCCGCCCGGGCCAGAGCGGGAGGCCGCCGGGCCGCCGGACGUCGAAGACGCACUAGCGGCGCUGAGCGACACGACCCCGGUUGACGUGGCCGAGUGCCGGGCGGCCUGCGAGGCACUGGAGGCCGCCACCCUGCGCAGCUGCCGGUGCCACCGCCGCGUGCUGGACGCAGACGGCGCCCGCUCGCUGGUGCUGGCGAUGCAGCGGCAUCCAGCCGACGCGGAACUGCAGAUCGCUGCCGCCGGAGCCCUGCAGCACCUGGCGGCCUCGGAGGAGAGGGACACGUGUUCCCAGCUGGUGGCGGCGGGUGCCUGUGAGGCGAUCUGCACGGCCCUGACGGCGCACCCGCAGCACAGCCCGCUGCAGCAGGUGGCCUGCAACGCGCUGGAGAUCCUCGCGCUCGGCAGCUCGGAGGCCGGCGUGGCCGUGGCCGCGGAGGGCGGCGCAGAUGCCGCGGUGCAGGUGCUGAAGGCACCGAGCGCGGGCUUGGAGGCGCGGCGCGCGGCGGCAAUGAUGCUGCAGGCGAUGCUUGGCGUCGGCGACGAGGUCGUGGACCGCAUCGUGAGCCAGGGCGGGGUGCCCGCCGCCGUGUCGGCGCUGUGCGACCAGAAGGACGACCCGCUGAUGCAGUAUUGGGGGCAGAUGCUGCUGCGGGGGCUUUGCGCCGGAAAGGCGGAGGUGAAGGCGGAGGUCCAGAGGAAGUGCCACUGGCAGGGCGUGGAGUUGGACCUGGCCUGAGCCGGGUCGCCAGCGCGAGCCGCGGGGCGCGUGGCGGUGGGGGGCGGAUCUGCGCCAGCACUGACUACCGUUGCGUUCGCGCGAGGUCUCGAGUAGACAGGUGAGGACGCAGUGGUUCGCAG